AGCAGGGGAAUGCGAAUUAUUAUGUUAAGAAUAUCUAUAACUCAGAAUGGCAUAAUAUUCUCAUUUGAGUUUUGAGUGUUAUCAUUAAUUUUAGUAGACUAUGAACAAGAACAGUAUUUCCUUAACUGGUAAACAAUGGUUUAUCAUAAAUUUUACAAGAAUCAUAAGGUAAAUAUUACAGUGAAGAAGAUGGGUCAUAAAAGGAUCUUUCUCUAAUAUAUAAAAGAAUGAGGAUUGCAUUAGAGUAUAAGAAUAACAUAAUUAAAGAUCAUCUCUGUGCGCGUGUAUCCCUGCAAGAUAAUUUGAAUAAUACCCCAUAAAAGAAGUCACUUCCAUACCAUAGAUUCUCAGAGAUAAUAACUCAGCAGUCUCUACUUUACUGAUGAAUCUACAAAUUUAACCAAGCUCUCCCUUUGGGGUAAUAUUUUCACGGCAUUACAGCACGUAGUAAUUUGAUUUUACAGCACAAAUUUAUGAAGAAGAGGCCUAUUCCCUAUUUUAAAAUGUUCAAAAGAUAAGCUGCCAGCAUUUCGUUAAUCGAACUGAAAUUCAGAAACUACGUUCGAUUCGACUAUCUGUUAUUUAGUCGAAUAAUUAGUAUCGAUCUGAAUCUGAUUCUUAGUAGAAAGCUUGAAAAUUUUACCCAAAAAAUCUGUGCGCACUGUAGCACUGUGCGCAGAUUAGUCUCACGCCAGAGUGGUGAAUGAGACAGGAGGCUUGCUCGGUUUUUAGAGAGAAAAACAAAUUUGACAUUUUGGGUUAAGAUCUGGUGGGCCAACGACCACCGUAACAUUGCCCUUUUUAGACUGGACCAUUUAUUUCUCUUUUUUUUUUUUUUUUUUGUUUUUUGCGUUUUUUUAAAAGUACAAAUUACUUUUGAAUGCAAUAUUUAUUUCUAAUGGAAUUGCAGAGUUGCAGUUUCAGACUCCGGAUGACAGAGAACCGAGAGGGAGAGGAUAACGGAAAUAUAUUUCUUGAAGUAAGUUUGAUGCUUCAAUUGCAAAAUUUAGGAUUACGCUACUUGGUUGCUGAGAAAACGAAUGUAAAGAACGCAAGAUUUUUGUUAAAUACUUCUCAAGGACCUUAUCCCGUUUCAAAUUGAACAGUUUCUUUUGAUAACUGAGUUGCUUAUUCGUUCUAAUCUUUCCACUGCCUCUUCAAGCUCCAAGUUAUCAGGAUUUCUGGUUGAGCUUGCUUUGCUCUUGUUUCAUUCAUUUGGUUUAUAACCAAACAGGUUAAAAAUAGUAAGUUUCAAGUUUCUCCAAGUGCUUAAAACUGUUGCUCUAGUUUAACUGCUUGGUAAGUUCGCCUUUGGUUCUCAUUAGAGCGGCUUACUCCUUUUAUGUUUAAUAUCGUUUUUGUUUAUAUCGAUGCUGUUAGUGCAUUUAUCAUAUGUGGUAAACUGUACAUGUGCCGUUUGUGUGGUUGCUGCGAAAACUUUAAAGAAAAGAAAGUGAUAGCACAGUCAGCUUCCAUAUGCGAUUUAUAUGCUUUGGAGGUGUCCGAGUUUCUGGUGUGUAGCCAAUAUUAAACUCUUGAGGUAGGAGAGGUACCUGAUCUCUCAAUGUACCUAACUUACUUCUGUUCAGCUCUCUAGGAAUCAAUAAAAGAGUACCUCGAGUGCGUAGGCAAUCAUGCUAUUUCAGGCAAACUGGUGGUGGUGAGUAAUCUUGGUACGUAGAGAAAUCAGAAGAAUAGCUGCUUAGUUAGAGUCAAUUCUUCCAUUAGUACUCUGGCUAAAAGAGCAAUUAAUCUGGUCAGUGGCUGGGUGGAGAAGCGCUUAAGUUUAUGCUUAGAUGCUGCUUUGCUUGCUAAUUUAUGUUAUUUGAGUAUUUCCUUGAGUUUAAGCAGGGUUGAGGUGAAUAUCAGAGAAUCAGCUGAUACAGUCUAUGAUAUUGUAGGUGUUCAAAAAGAGUGUCUAUUAGUUGUCAAGAUUUGUUGGGCUGAUACUCUCUUGUUUCCAUGUUCGGCAGGUAUUACUUCAAAGUUCAAUUGCCACGUAGCUGGACUUCUUUAUGUUUGUUGAAGUUAUUAAUCUUUUGCCUUCUUCUUCCAGAUUAGCUCUUUAAUUGUCAGUGUUUCAACUCCUUUUAUGAGAGAGUUCUUGAUCUUAGAUUGGUACUGCAUUUGGUAUCUCAGAGAUUAUCUUUCGUAUACAAGAUUGAUUACUGUUGCAUCUUGCUCUCAUGGGCUUGGAAGAAGAAGUUCUCAGAGAACAGCAUAGUGAAAUGGAAACUUGCCGUGCGUGGACUCUUUCUGUGCAUGCCUUUUCUGAUCUGACCUAUAUUUCUCCAGUUGUUUUUAUUUACCUUCUGAAGGAAUGUUAUAUUCAUGGCACAUGUAAGGCAAAAAAGAAAUUCUGCGCUCUCCAACACCAAGUCCAUCAAGUACUUUUUAAUGCGCCACAGCCUGGGGCUGCUACUUUUGUUGUUCAAUGUCUCUAUGUUCUUCCUAUAUUUGGAGUGUAUUCUGAAGGCUUCAGUCACUUGAUUAUAUCUGCGCUUCGUCGGUUCCUUAAGUCAGCAACAUCACCUACAGAUUCUUUGAGGGCAAAAAAAUUAGCUGCCCAAUUAUUUGUAGAUAUUGCAGGAGGCACUCUUGACCAUGAUGAAAGGCUAACUUUGAAGAUAGUUGAAACUUUUGACAUUGACUUGUCAAGCAUUGAUGAAGUCAUUUGCCAAUUACAAGCUCAGAACUGUUGUAGAUUUGACAGUGCAAAAGCGUUUGUUGAGCAGUAUAUUUCAGGAUUGAUAGAUUCAGAGUCAUAUAUGACAGCAGUUACACUAUUAGAACGAUUUUCCAUCCGACAGUCUGGGCGGUCUUUUUUCCUCGAAAUGAUACAGAAGAAAGAAUUCGGAGCAGCAGAGAAGUGGGCGACUUUUAUGGGGAAGCCAAUGUUAUGUGAACUGGUUGAGGAGUAUUCUAAAAGGAACCUGCUAAAGAAUGCUUAUGAGACUAUAAAGAAAAACAAUCUCCGGCAGGAUUUUCCUGAAAUUUAUCACAAGUGCAAAGAAAAUUUACUCAAGAAUCUGGCAGAAAAAGCAUGCUGGGAUGUUGCCGAAGCCAAGACAAAUGGUGAUCGACAACUACUAUACUAUUUGGUUUAUUUAGCAAUGGAAGCUGGUUACUCAGAGAAGGUUGAUGAACUUUGUAAUCGAUAUUCACUUGAAGGUUAUGAGAUGUCAAAAGAAGCUGAGGCCACUUUGCACAAUAGCUGGUUUUUGCAUCUUGAUGAAUUGACUAGAGAAGGUAUUGCUUGGGUUGAUGAAGUUGACAGUUUGCAUAUUGCAACAUCUUACAUCGAGGAAUGCAAAGUUGUGGGCAUUGAUUGUGAAUGGAAACCCAACUAUGUGAAAGGACACAAACCAAACAAGGUUUCUAUAAUGCAAAUUGCUUCUGAUAGGAAGGUUUUCAUCUUUGAUCUAAUAAAGUUAUCCCAAGAUGCUCCAGAUAGUCUAAACAACUGCUUAACACGCAUUUUGCAGUCAUCUGGGAUUCUAAAACUUGGUUAUAAUUUUCAAUGUGAUGUGAAGCAACUGGCUCAUUCGUAUGGAGACUUGAAUUGCUUCAAGCAUUAUGAAAUGCUACUUGACAUCCAAAAUGUGUUCAGAGAACAUCAGGGUGGUCUGUCAGGACUUACAAAGAAAAUAUUGGGGGUAGGGUUGAAUAAAACAAGACGAAAUAGCAACUGGGAACAAAGGCCUUUGAGUCAGAAUCAGCUGGAAUAUGCCGCACUUGAUGCUGCAGUACUUGUACACAUAUUCAACCACAUUCGUAAUGGGUCUCAACGCACAAACUUUUCCGAGGGACAUGAGAAAAUUGAGUGGAAGUCUCACAUUGUUUCACGCAUGGAUUACUAGAAGACCAAUAAGAGACGAUGCAGAAGCAGAGGCAAACGGAGCAUUUGGCCAUCUACUCCUCUCUAUGCAUUACCCCACAUUCAUCUGUAAAUAAUUUUUCUUGAGUGGAUUUCUGCCUCAUG